AUGGAUGACGCCCAUGCCCAUCCUCUCUCCCCGGUCAACACUAUCCACACGCGUUCGAGAUCGACUACCGUUCUGAUCCUUCGAGACCAACCUCCGAGUUCCGCCCACGCGACGCCGAAAUCAGUCCCCCAUACUCGUCAACAGAGGAUUCUACAGACUCGAAAUGCCAGAUUUCCCGCCCAGAGGCUUUCUGUUAAUAGCAUGACAGUUCCGUUUCCACACUUGAUUCGAUCCGCCGAGAACGAUACUUCCUACUUUUCUGUACCUCGGAUGACGAAGCGUGAAGAGAAUGGCAUUGACUUAGAGAGGGCUUCCGACCUCAUCAGCACCUCGCCUAGAUCGAGUAUCUUGAAUGAAAUUACAAACUCGGGCGCCUAUCGUAUCCGUGGUAUUCAGAGAAGAGCGCCUAUCCCGGUAUUCCAGGACGCGCCAGACAAGCGAGUCGGCAUCACAGCGGGAUCUAAUACACCCUCGGUGUAUCACGACGCAUCUAGCGACGUCCCAUCGCCUUCGGUCACUGAUCCUUGCAGGGCCUCCCCAGCCGCCAUGGGUCUUAGAGAGGUUUCCAUCAACCUGCAUCGACCUUCACCAAGCAGAGAGUCUCCAUACUACCGCUCGACGCGAAGUGGUUCUCGGCGUAUCUCAUCUCAUAGCAAACCCCGUUUCAACUCGGAAGAGUACAUUGAACACAUUGAAAAUGAACUGCAAUUGGUCAAGGAUGCUAUGUACUCUCCCACAACUAACGUUCCCUGGAAAGAGAAGCUCCGCAAGGCGAAAGAGGAGAACGACAGACUCAGGAAAGACAUGGAAGCCUUGAAAUCGUCCUUUGAGCUGGAAUUGCAACAGACCGUCGAGCGGUCCACAGAAAUCGAGCUGAGAUUGAAGCGGAGGAUUAAGGAUCUAGAGGAUGAAGUGGAGCACAAACAGACGGUGAUCCUGGAUCUGGAGUACGACCGGCAGGAAAAGCAACUCGAGCAAUCUACGUUGGAGGUGUUGAGGGCCAAAACCGAAAAGCUGGAAGAAGAAAAGUCCAGCCUCGAGAUCACCAAUAGGGAUAUGAUGAAGCGCAACGAGGUCUUGACGCAACUGCUGGUUCUGUCACCCACGAAGAUGCACCAUCAAUUUGAACUUCCCACUCCAAGACGACGGAGUGCACGUCCCAUGUCCAUGAUCAUUCCACGGCUGCCCUCAUCGCCUGGAGCACACACGCCACUGAGCCGGCCUCAGUCAGUCCUCAUCUCACCAGCCCUGCCGGCUUCCGACUAUUUCCCAGCGAGUGUUACAUCAUCCCCGCUGGGAUCCAGCUCCAGCUGCAUUGUCAACAACCAUGGGUUGGCUCCGGAUGAUGUCCAGUCAAUUGACUCCGGCACGGGGGAGUCGUCCUCUCAACUUACGGACGGAACCAGCUCCAGACGGUCAACACUGGCUUCCUGUGCCAGCAAUAGUCCCCCAAUCGGCCCCAUCAGUCAUUCUCAGCCCGAAGUCAGACCGCAGAUGCCUGCAAGGCAACCAUCCAAGAGAAGACCUCGCAAGUUCAUGCCGGGGUCUACUCAGUUGAAGCCGCUUCUGCUGCCCACGUUCACCGCUGAAAAUGGCAAUCUUCCUUCGACAUCCCCCAUUGCUUCGCCAAAACGACCGACAUCUGUCAUGUUUGACUGCGGCCUGCCUUAUAUGCCACAAUGGGAAUCUCCUCCCGCCCCACAGAGGAGAAUGGAAAGUGUUGUUGAGGUGCAACCAUUCGAGCUUUCUCAUACCACUCCCGAUUCGGUGGCCCAUGCGUUUCAGAGCCUAGACGAAGUCUUCACCGCCGAUCGUGGACUAUACUGUCGAGAAGUACUUAAGGAGCCUUCAGACGGUCGACCCGACCAGAGCCAAUGCGCACAGCUGGAUACGUCAACCCAGCCUUCUCACAUGGAAGCAGCGACAGAAGUCCACGACGACGAAGACGCCCAUCCAAGACUGGGUUCUUGGGGCCUUGGAAUCCAGGACGCCAUGCCGGCAGAUAUCGAUGACAGGCACGAUGAGCAGAUUGGCCAUAAUUGCCACAAUGAUGAUGCCAGUGGCUCUCACACCCUGCAGAUGCUAUCAGAGUUCGACCAGACUCCGUCAAAGUGUGAGAGAGUCUUUCAGGCACUCGAGGAACAUGUCGAAAUUCCACGUCCGCUUUUCUCAAAAGAUUUCACGCUUGGGCUAGUUGCCCCUCAAUCACCAGGCUGUUCUACAGAUGACCUCCCUCCAUCGAACCCACGGAAGCGUCGAAAAGCAAGUUCGGCUUCUGACCAGUCGACACAAGGAAAGGAGGUGAUCAGUUGCGAUGUGGUGGCACUUGACCCUGUUACUCGUCCGAUGUUGACUCCAAGUUCCACGAUCAAACAGAAAGUGGAAGCCGCCUCGUCUCGACCUAGGCAAUCUCCUUCCUGGAGACGAGGUGUCAAGAAAGGUCGCAAUCCAUUGGAAAUGCUCCAACAACGCAACGUAGGCGCAAGACCGCUUGCCGCCUUGACCAUUCAGACCGUCUAUGCGACUUUGUCCAGGUACACUUCAUACAUACAGACGUUCAAGCGAGAUCCGCUUGCACUAGCCCGCCGGGUCAUCGCCAAUGCAUGGCGGUCGAACUGGGCAACUUUUGGGAAGUUGAGUUGGUGGGUACUUGGACUGUUCAUUGGCCAUCGGCGUCCUCGUCCUCAGCAACGUGCUUGGGAUUGGGAUAGAUAUGACGGCGAAAGCAUUGCUGACCGUUACUGUUCGCUCCAGCGUGACAGAAAUUCAUCGACUGAAGCGGGGAACUCAAAUGCAAAGGAGCCUUCAAGUCCAGCGACUGAGCGUGGUGGCAGCGAAACAAAGCACGAUACAGCAUUACCCGAUGCGCCGGUACAACCAAAUCAAGCACCCAAACCCGGUUGGGGCACUUCUUUAUUUCUCUGGGGCAAGUUCAGUGUCGCAAUCAUGCUUGCAGUUGGGGGUGCCAUUGUUAAAGGCCCUGGUGAGAUGCUGCGAGAGACGGAGGAGAGACGGAGGUCACGCAGCAGCAGUCUCAGUACAGACCAGGUCGACGAACAGCAGCGUGGAUUGCCGCAACGUGGUGGACGGUUCGGCGAAAGUGAACGUAUUGUUAGGCCAGACUCGAGGCAACAGAGAGAGGAUAUCGGGGCCCCACGAACGACCCGCAAGGCUCGGAGCUUUAGUUCUCCCACACCGCCAGCGCGGACUCAUGAGGCUCGGCCUCUGUCUCCAGACCGAAGCCUGGCCAGCAGGGAACCUGAGGGAGAAGGUUCUGACACUGUCUUCCACAAACAUUUUACUGGUCCUGACCACCACGACUCGUCAUCGAAUGAGACAAUCAAGCCGAUGAGACCCGACCGUAAGGGGCUGGGAUGCCUCUUCGAACUCCCGCCUGCCGAGAAUCAAAGCCGAAACACUGGAGACUUACCAGCCGACAUCAAUGUGCCACCAGACCAUGGUGACAACGCUUCGAUCCAGCACUUGCUUGAGAAUGGCUAA